UUUGGGCUUCACGGGUCUUGAUUCUCUCUAUUUUUCAACAUGGCAAUUUGUAACAAACCUUCACACCCGGUCUUCCUGUUAAUACUCCCACUGAUUUUUUUUUUGUCCUAAUUUAGCUACCCCAUACUUCAAACCAUGUCUGUAUCUUCUUUUUCUUCUUCUACCUUUGUUUUCACUUGUUUUCUCAUCGUCUUCUUGCUUACCCCCUACCCUUCAAAUUGUGCAGCCAAACUGUCAAAUACCACUAGCAAAACCAGGCAACUCUCCGUCGAUUAUUAUUCCAAAUCAUGCCCUCAACUCGAGCAGCUUAUUGGGUCCGUCACCAGCCAACAGUUCAAAGAAGAACCAGUCUCCGGGCCUGCUACCAUUCGCCUCUUCUUCCAUGACUGCUUUGUAGAAGGCUGUGAUGCAUCAAUAUUGAUAUCAUCGAAGCCGGGAAGCAAAAUGUUGGCGGAGAAGGAUGCAGAGGAUAACAAGGACCUAAGAGUGGAGGGGUUUGAGACCAUAAGCAAGGCCAAAGUCUUGGUAGAGAGCAAGUGCCCUGGUGUUGUGUCUUGUGCGGACAUUCUGGCAAUUGCAGCCAGAGACUACGUGCAUUUGGCAGGGGGUCCUUACUACCAAGUGAAAAAAGGAAGGUGGGAUGGAAGAAUAUCAAUGGCAUCAAGUGUACCCUCCAAUAUCCCGCGCGCAAAUUCCACGGUCGACGAGCUGUUCAAACUCUUUAACUCAAAAGGGCUAGCACUAGAGGACCUGGUCGUCCUCUCGGGUGCACAUACAAUAGGGUUUGCCCACUGUGACAACUUCAUAAGCAGGCUGUAUGACUAUAAUGGCACCAAGCAGCCCGACCCAGCCAUCGAUCCAAGACUCCUCAAGGCACUCAGAAUGUCAUGCCCCCAUUUUGGUGGCAACAAAGACAUUGUUGCUCCAUUUGAUGUUACCACCCCAUUCUUGUUCGACCACGCUUACUAUGAGAAUUUGAUCGGUAAACUAGGCUUACUGGCCUCUGACCAAGCUUUAUUCUUGGACCCCCGGACCAAACCGAUUGUUCAAACUUUGGCAAAGGAUAAGCAAACGUUCUUUCAAGCUUUUGCAGCGGCUAUGGAUAAAAUGGGUUCGAUUGGUGUGAAGAGGGGAGGAACACAUGGAGAGAAAAGGAAAGAGUGCAGUAGUAUGCUUUUCUCCUGAUGGAUUUGGUAUUGGGGAUUAGGUGUGGACGAGCCUUUUGUCAAAGAUCGGAGAGAGGAAAAAAACGAUUAUUAUUUUCCAAACAUAACCAUUUUUGUUUCAACGAGGUUUAUGUUCAAAGAGCACCCCAAUAGAUUUUGUAAAAAUCAUUUUUAUGUAAAAUUUAAAGAA